GACCGUUAUUUCUGAUACACAGGUGGACGUUUAAAGAGACAUGGGGGUAACUGAUUUUAGCAAAGAAAAACGUGUUUAAUUUGUAACCAAAGCUGUACCACUGGCUCUCAGCCUGACAAGAGGGGCAAAAAACACUGCUUUCCCAUUCCUUUGUAGGAAUAAUGCAGCUGCCUGUUCACAAUAUUGGAAUAAACCAGCAAGUGGGUUAAGAACACCCCAGUUAAGAAAUGAGAACUCUGAGGCUGUUGUGGAUUGCACUGGGGGUCGUUACCACUCUGGCGGUGUUCUUUUCUUACCAGGCUGUGAAACCGCACAUCGAGAGCGGGCUGCAUGGAUAUGUGUGCGUCUCUACUGGUCGGCCACUGGAUUUCCACUGCAAACAAUGUGCCUUCGUGUCCAAUUCGGGUCAGAUGCUGGGGGCGCGGAAAGGGAGAGAGAUUGACCAAUCGGAUUGCGUGGUGCGCAUGAACAACGCCCCCACCCUGGGGUACGAGGAUGACGUGGGCAGCAAGACCAGCCUGCGGGUCGUCUCGCACACCAGCGUGCCGCUGCUGCUCCGGAACGAGACGCUCUUCUUCAGACAGGCGGCCGACACUGUGUAUGUGGUCUGGGGGCCUGAGAGGAACAUGAGGCAGGAUGGGAGGGGCAGAAUCUACAAUACUCUGGUGAGAGUGACUGAGAAGUACCCUGACACUCGCAUCUACAUGCUGACCAGAGAGAAGAUACUUGAGUGUGACCGUGUCUUUCAAAAUGAAACUGGAAAGGACAGGAUUAAAUCUGGCACCUACCUCAGCACUGGGUUCUUCACAAUGAUUCUGGCUUUAGACAUGUGUGACAGUAUUCAAGUCUAUGGGAUGAUCAACGAUAACUAUUGCAGCAGAGCCAAUCUCAACACAGUGCCUUACCAUUACUACGAGAACGGGAGGCUGGAUGAGUGCCAGAUGUACAGAGCCCACGAGAAAGCAGCCACGGGAGGCCACCGCUUCAUCACAGAGAAAGCCAUCUUUGCAAAAUGGGCAACACGCAAAAACCUGACCUUCUCCAACCCCUCCUGGGCAGAGAGCAACCCUGUUUAAGAGCACUCGCCAGUUCUCUUUGAUUAGUAUUAUAAGGGGUAUUGCAGUAGUAACUACCAGAUUGACCGCUAACCAAAGAUUAUUUGGGGCAGUUGAAUGACGCCUCUUUACUGACAUACUGUAGGGACUACAGACAGUAGGAUUGUCAAUGCAUAUAUUCUUUACAUACAACAGUAAAUGUAUUAGAUAUUGGUUCCAGUUUAUCAGAUAAUGCAGUGCUAAAUGGUGCUUAUGGAUUGUUACAUGCCUGCCUACUCAAUGUUUUUGUAUUUAUUGCUGUAUAGUAUUGAAACUACAGUUCAGAAGUUAUAUGUAAUGUGUGUGUGUGUGUGCAAUCCUCUCUGAUUGGGGUGAUACUUGUAAUAUGAAUGGGUACCAGCAGGGGGCACUAUCACGUUUACUUUAUUAAUAACGUAGUGCACUUUUGCUUCUGCGUCAGUUCCUAUUGAAAACUUUUGUGUCUUGCAAGAAGUGAUUUAAGUGUACAGGUUAGAACUGAACUCUGUGGGCUAACGUAUCAAACCACAGUGGGCAGUAUUUACAGUACCUAGUCAAAGCAAGACGCUGUUGACUCCUUUUCAAAUGCACUUUUCUGUUUUCAAGUAAGUGGGACUUAUCUAUUCCACUGUAAGUACAACAAGUGUUCAGAAACUAAGAAUGCUGCAGAGAGAUUGAAAUCAUGUGCAAUUCUGUGUUGAGGUAAUGUGUGAUACAUUUGCUUAUUUCCAGUAUUAAGCCUUAUUGCAAGGUCUUUGACUACUUCUUGUGACUUACAGCUUGUUAGAGUAAGCACUUUGGAGAUGAGCUGUAAAGGCUAAUUAUGGAUAUUGUACCAAUGUACACCUUCUGUUUACAAAAUGCAUUUUUUAUAAUGCACAGCAUUUGUAUAUUGAUCACUGAACUAAGGAAAAGAUUAUGCAUGCUUUAUUGAUCUUUUCUAAUACCAUCUCCCCCUGUAACUCAAUAGCAUUUUUGUUUUUUACCCCCAUUUAUUAUUUAAAAGUCAAAGCAGCCUGGGAGAAUGUAGCUUGAUAUAAUGUUGCAAGGAAGCUAGAAUUUAAAGGUUAAUCACAUCUCUUAUACCAGAUAUUUUACAGUUUAGCUACAUGAAAGAGCAUGCAAUCUAUCCUCACAUGUAUUCUUGUUGUACAGUAAAUGUUUUGCUUAGAUCUAUUAUGACUUGUAUGCUGGGGUAAACAAACUUAAUCAAUAAUGGGCCCUAUAAAUUCUUGGGUGAUGUUCCUGAUACCCUGUAAAUGUAAAAAGGAAACUCUUAAAUGGCUGCAUUUGAGUGCCUGCCUUUGUCUUGCCUUACUUUGUAUUGUAUACAGUAGUAUAAAAUAUUGAUUUCCCUGCUACACUGAGCUCUGGACAUUUCUCAACCAAAGAACAGGAAGGAAUAGUCACCGGAAUGUUAUGCCCAAAGUCGAAACAUAUUAGCGAUUGUAUUUUUGUUCAGCUUGCUCGCUGGUAUUUAGUGUUGUGUGAUAUUUGCACCAUAUUAAAAUGGAGACCAGCAUUACUUUUGUUUGCUCUUACAAGAGGUAAAAGCCUUGGUUCACCAUUCUCUUAAAGUAGAACCAACCUUUUUUUUGUAAAUGUAAGUUUAGUGUGUGUACCACUUUCUGUAUUUGCUUGAACAGUUGGAGAAAUGCACAUUUAUUAAAAAAUAAUGUAUUUA